GUAGCGGUGCAGCUGUGUGUUCGUCUGUUAUCAAUAAUAACUUAUCGUUGUUAUUAUUUCGUAUCGAGCGUCGGCUGUGCAAUAAAAUAUCUUAUGUUAAUAUAAUAAUUAUAUUAUAACUACGUAAUCCGUACAGUGAGCCUCUCUUUUGGAAUAUAAAAUAUAAUCUUUCUUUGGUCGAUAUGGAAUCGUCCGAAAGCCCGGAUUCGAAAGACGUGGCAACUGUAAUUAGCCACGACACAGGUGCUUCGGAAAUCGUGAACCACGUCGAAAGCAGCCCGACGAUAUCUAGCCACGGUCAGGCAAGUUCUUCGGAAAACGAUCAGGCGAUGGCUGCCCAACCACGACAUGACGACGUCAAUGAGCAACAACUACAGACCGGCAACGUCGACGAGCAGCAACCCGGGAGCGAUGCUGCCAUGAAUCCCUGCUCAAGCCGACAAGCUCUGCCAAAUCAAAUCGCAAAUGUGCCAAAUUACAACAUGAACCAGCAACAUGAACAGUUGUUGAACAAUGAUCUCGAUCUACAGCUACCGAUGAAUGAACGCCAACAAAAUGGCCUAUAUGAUCAGCCGCCCCAGGUAAGGCCACGUCGUCCACCGUUGAACUCUAGAAGAGGAACGAAUCCCGCUCCAAUCCGACAAAAAAUUCCACAUUUCCACUUAAGCUUUGGAAACCAAUACUGGACGUUCAAUGAUUAUAGUCAACGAGUACCAAUGAGAGAUCGCCCACGGCCACCGUUGAGAUAUCGCCAACGGCAUGAGGUAAAUGUAUGCCAUCGGCUACUGAUGAAUGAACGCCAACCGACGAAUGAACCCCAACGAAAUGGUGAGCAAAAUCAACCGCCCCAGGCAAUGCCAAAUCCUCCGCCAUUAAUAUCUAGAAGAGAGGUUGAGCCUGGGAUUUUCGAGGAAAUUUACUCACACAGAAGAUAUCGAAUGGACAGACCCAGAAUCUUCGGCGUCGAUAGAUGUGCAUGUCGAAAUUUUGUCAAUUACAAUCAUGGGAAUAAUGAGAUGAUAACAGUGUUUAUGAAUACUCCAAAUUUAUCUAUGCGAUACAGUUUUACUACUAGCCGUGAAACACGAUUUGCAGACCUGUUUAAAGCUUAUUUUGGCCUUACACGAGAAACGGCUAGGACAGUCUUUGUUGCACGUGGCCAAAGGUUACGUCGAGGAGAUACUCCAAGAGAUAUUGGAAUGAACAACCGUGAGAACAUAUUUACCUUCGUUAAUGGUAGGGGAUAUGGUGUUUUAAAGAAAAUCAGAGAUAGUUCAAAAUAAUAUCUCCGUGUCAUAUGAAUUUUACAUAUUACAUUAUACAAGACGUAUAAAUAUAAUUGCCUGAUAAAUAAACCUCAAAUGCUCAAACCGAUAUCACUCAAAUUUUUUUUUAUUAUUAUUACCAUUAAGUCCAUGGCUUAUAAAAAUAAAAUAUAAUAGCAUUAAAUUAUUUAUUUAUUAUUCAGUUGAAAAACAUAGAGUUUUUAUAAAAUAUUUCCUCAAAACUUUCCUUCAAGUUUUCAUGUCAAUUACAUAAUAAAUAAAAUAUAAUUUCUUUAACUGUAAAUAUUUGUAUAAAUUAUUACAUAAUAUUAUCAAUUGUCCUGAAAUUCUCGAAUGUUUAAAUGUUAAAAUGAACCAAUCUAAUUCCAGAAAUAAUUAAAUGUUUUAUCUUUCACCCAUUUUCUCAAAAUAUAUGCUAUAAUAUGCUUGAUAUGCAAAUGUGCUUUUGUCUACAGAUAAUUCAACUAAAGAUUUAAAUUUAUUUAAUACUACCAUGUUUAAUUUGUCAAAUAUUUUAUCUAAUUAAUGUUUCUUUUUUUAGCUAAUUAUGUUAUUUAUGUUAUUGUAUCCCUAGUUUAAUCAUAACCGUUGCCGACUAAUAAGACUUUUAAGUCCGCUGUAAUUGUACACAUAUUUAAUAAGGAAUAAAAUAAAAUAUAUUAUUAAUGGGACAUAUGAGUUACAUAUAAUGUCUUCUUUCGAUUUUAUUCAAAAUU